AUUUAGAUUUUACUAUUUCAUGCACUUCCGGUAUGUCUUUCAUUCUGAUGAUAAUGGAAUUCUGAUAAUGCUGGGAUGGAGGAGACGAAUUUUGACUGUCUUCCAGACGAUUUAAUCAUCAGAAUUUUUAAGAAUGUUUCAACGGAAGACCUUUGUACGAUUUACCAUGUCAGCACGCGAUUUAGGCGGCUAGCAUUCGACAGAAGUCUAGUCAGACAUUCAGAUUUUGAGCAGUGCUACAAGACCACAUCUUCAGCAUUUACAGAGUACAUCAAAUGUAACUGUUCACUGAUAGAAAGCCUGAGCCUGAACCACUGUUACUGGUUAACAGGGCGAUGUGUGGAAACUGCCGUACUCAAGUGUAAAAACUUAACUAAACUGUAUCUGUUGGAUGUCAGUAUAUCAACAAAACAGCUUUGUAAGAUAUUGUCAUCUAUAUCCAAGUUAGAGGCACUAGCAUUCACAGUUGCCAGUGUGGAUGAAUUCGACAACAAUCUGAAUGUUUCUGAGUCGGCCCAAAGGACAAUGUGCAAUAUAAAGCAUUUAACAAUUCAUUUUAAAGUGGGUAUUACCCCUCGGACUGAACCGUCCAUAUCAGUGCAGUUUAUACAAAAGAAGAACUCUUUUAUAGAACAUUGUAGGGAGUUGACCUCUCUUCAUGUGAUGGGGCACCCUAAUCUUGGAUGUGGGUUGCCUAAACUCCUUCUUCAACCUAAUGUUGUUAAAGUUAGCAACCUCAAAAAUUUAAAACAUUUGUCUCUAAAUUAUGCCAUUGACCCAGCUGCUAGAAUAUUCUACUAUGGGACCCUGAUGUCUGUAGCAAAGCUACAUUUAAAAUUAAAAACUGUCCUUAAUCCCUCUGCAAAUUUCAGUUCUGAAAGAAAUACAGACUUCUGGAAGAACUUUUGGAUUUCCCAAGAUGACUUAGAAUAUUUGGACUUGUCCAACAUAUCAUUGAAGAAUAUAUUUCCAACAAUCUUUGAUCCCGGUGUAGUGAAGAGCAGCCUUGUUUAUCUGAAUAUCUCGCACACUGACAGCCGGGAAGUUGGGAUGAAUCUUGCUACACUUGGUCACGUUUGUCCAAAUCUUCAGAGUUUAAAUUUGAAGAAUAGUCAGUUGGUGUACCUCCAUUCUGCUGUAGCAGACCAGACAGAAACCCCUCUACACAAUUUUGACAUUGAGGGCUGCACAAGUUUGGUCAGUAUGUGUCAUAAGCUGGUUCAUCUAAAUAUCAGCAACAUUCACAUCCACCAAAUCAACGUCUCCAAAACGUUUGUCACUGCACUUGCCUCGCUUUCAGGUCUGAAAUCUCUGGCGGUGUCUCCAUGCUGCCUACGAUUACAAGAUUCGGACUCCAAAGAUACAGAGAAAGGUCAAGGUCAGUCUCAGUCUGGAAAAAAGCAUGCAGCAUCAACUGUCCUUGUCCAGUAUGCCAAGAAGAGGAGAAUAGCUCUCUCAGGGAACUCUAGUCAGGCUGUAGCCACAACCUCUUCACACAUUGACCUUGACCCUACGGAGGCAGUUGAGAUCCCCCCUCAGUGGAAGACUGGACUACAGACACUGACAGAAGCUUGUCCCUUAAUCUCACACCUAGAACUCCUCAGUGCGGGGCUGGUACGACCCAUUAUACACAGGGGCUCAAUAGGACUGGCUCCAAAACCCUGUGUCUACAUACCAUGCGUGGAAUCGUAUGCCUUGACAGAUACAGAGCUGUCAUAUUUAGGAAGGUUAUCUAAUCUACAGUAUCUCCAGCUGGCUGGACUACCAGGUAUAAUUAGUGGAACCUUUCUGUCAGACAUAGCCAAACAAUGCCCUAAUCUGAAACAACUUCACCUGUCCUACCUAGGCCUAACAGCUCAUUGUAUCUACACAAACCAGCUGUGCCAAGCUUUUCAGUAUUUUACCUCUCUUAUUGAUCUCAGAAUAGAACAUGCCUACCUGUCCAUAGACCAGCUGUUUUGUCGAUCAGCGGUGAAGUGUCAGUCUCUUCAGAGAUUCUGUGUCGUUUCUAAAAAUGGCAGUGUGGACCCAGCUGCUGUGACAGACCUUAUGUCAAAACUUCCUCACUUGAUGGUGCUACAGCUUUUCACAGACUCAACCCAGACCAUGUGUAAAAAACUCAAAAAGACCCUCAAAGACAUGUUCCAAAGUUCACGCCCAGCCCUAAGCAUCACCAUCUAUCCUCUGUUUGACCAGGACACAGCAUAUGUUAUGAAUAAGAUACCUACAAAACAUUUAGAGGAACUCACAAUAUUUAGCUCAAAAAUCUGCCAGCAACCCCCAGGACAGUCUAGGGUCAAGGCUUAAAUUGGGGGAAACCUAAGGUCAAGGUUCAAAUCCUAAAAAUGUCUAUGACUUUGCUAGGUCAAGGUCAUUGAUAUCAUGAAUUAUAAAGUCUCACUUUAAACACAGAUAUCAUUAUAGUGUUGUAUAUUGACACAGGCAUAAAUCUUUAUAAAUCUGUAUUGAGGAAGCCAUAAAGUGCUCUAUAGAAUUGUAUACAUUGUAUGA